UUCCAUUUCUUCCCCAAAUACAGCGUAAAUCAACUAUCUUAGAACACCCACUUUCUGUGAUAUGGAAUUGAUUCGAAUUGUCCUGAAAUUUCUUCUUCUCUCCGCCAUAGCAAUCAUUAGCCUUAUUUUCACUCUACCACCAUGUCUAGCAUUCAGGUUUCUUACCUUUAUAAGAAGGCUCAUGUUCAGUGAAAAUGUGGCCGGAAAAGUGGUACUCGUGACCGGAGCAGGUUCAGGCAUCGGCGAGCAAAUCUCUUAUGAGUAUGCAAGAAGGAGAGCUCGGUUGGGCCUAGUCGACAUAAGAGAGGAUUGUCUAAAACCAGUCAUAGAAAAGGCACGGUAUCUUGGCUCACCAGACGUGAUCGGGAUCGGAGCUGACGUUUCUAAGGUCCAAGACUGUGAGAGACUUGUUAAUGCCGCAAUAAGCCAUUUUGGUACAAUGGAUCAUUUGGUGAACAAUGCGGGGAUUGCAAGAACAGGGCCAUUUGAGGAGGUUGAAAACAUUUCCGAACUCACUUCAGUCAUGGAUGUCAACUUCUGGGGCGCAGUCUAUGGCACUCAUUUUGCCAUCCCACAUCUAAGAAAGAGUAAAGGGAGGAUCAUCGUCAUUGCUUCAGUUUCUGGAUGGUACCCUUUUCCAGGAUUGAGUAUCUACAGUGCUAGCAAAGCAGCACUAAUAGGCUUCUACGAGGCACUAAGAAGUGAAACUGGUGGAAAUAUUAGCAUAACGAUUGUUACUCCGGGCUUCAUCAACUCAAAAAUGACACAGAAUCGUUCUUCAUUAAUGAAGGUACAGCGAAGUACUCCCACUGUUUUAUUUUAUUAAAUAUUUUAGAGAUGUGCAUGAGAAUUAAAAAAAUUAAUCAAUUACUCUUGAUUUUACUCUUGAUUUUAGAGAUUCAGAAAUCUAAAAUACCAUUAUAACCUUUUAAAUUUUUUCUCUUUCUACAUUAAAUUCAGCGUAUUCUA